UAAAACGCCCUCACAAAAGUAUUAAUUAUUGAAGAUAUUAUUUCGGUUUGUCUGUUCAGUAUUCAUAUUACUGUGGAAAGUUUAUCAUUUCUUGAACAUGAUAGUUUAGUAGGCGACGUUUCGGGAGAUCCUUCUCCCAUCAUCGGGCAAAGUAAAAUGAUGUGGCGCAUGUAUAUAUAUAAUUGCAGAGGAUCGAAAUUCAAAAAAUAUAACCAAUCAGAAACGAGCUGAUAAUUACUGUUAAUUACGGUGAUUAACAUUUUCGGACCUAGAUGUAGGUAUCUACUUCUUCUGUAGGGCUGGUAACCAAAUCUCUAAAGUUGAUACGAGAUGCUGUUUAUGUGUUUGUUACGUUCUACACUUUUGAUGGUUUCUUUAAUCUUCCUGGCCGUUGUUCUGGAUUCUCUGUCAAUGAUUUUCUUCUCAUCCUAAUUAAACUGAUGACUUCUGCUCCAGCUGUGGUCCGCAAUUUCGUUUUUCAUAGCAGACGACGAAUGCAUGGUAUCAUUUGAUGUCACAUCCCUCUACACAAAUGUUCCCAUAAAAGACACCUUAAACAUCAUUAAAGACCUAAUCGAAAACAAUGCUGCAUUCGGUGAAAAGACAAAGAUUCCAGUACCGGAUUUUCUGCGUUUGGUCGAACUUGUUCUAACCAAAACAUGGUAUCUGUUUAAAAAGAACUUCUACACUCAAACAGACGGAGUUGCCAUGGGAGGCCCUGCAUCAUCAGUAGUCACAGAAAUAUACAUGCAAGCACACGAGACAACAGCAUUAGUCACAUCAGACAGACGUCCAAAGGAUUGGAGAAGAUUUGUUGACGAAGUAUUCGCCAUAAUUAAAAGAUCUCAUCUAGAAGAGUUCCAUGAACACAUCAUCGGCCUACAUCGACAAAUCAAAUUCACUGUUGAGCUUGAACACGAUGGAAGUAUCGCUUUCCUGGACACUUUGGUCAAACGCAAGAAUGGUUCCAUUUCAGUUUCCGUGUAUCGUAAACCAACACACACUGACCAGUACCUUAACGUCGAAUUAAGACAUCAGAAAUCUUGCAAAGAAAGUGUCAUAUCUGCAUUACUGAAUCGUGCCAACAGCGUAGUCAGUGACAAACAGGAGAGGAAAAUAGAAAUUCGACGUGUAAGAAAUGCAUUAAUCGGAAAUGGAUACAGUCAUAAAGUCAUCACGCAAGUAGAAAAUAAAAUAAAGAGAAGAUGCAACGGAGACAGCAAGGAAACAUCAGAGGAAUUUAUCGCAGCAGCAUUCCUACCCUUCGUACCAGGUACCAGCGAGAUCCUUCGUCGAGUUUUAAGGCAACACAAGAUCAAAUUCUUAACUCUAAAGAGCACUUUGUCUAAACCAAAAGACAAAAUAAACCUGGAAGAACAAAGCAAUGUUGUUUACGAAAUCCCGUGCAAAGAUUGUGAUGCAGUGUAUAUAGGUGAAACAAAAAGAAAGUUUAAGCAACGAGUACAAGAACAUAUGCGCGCAGUGAGAAACAGAGAUGUGAAGAAAAACGAAAUUGCGGACCACAGCUGGAGCAGAAGUCAUCAGUUUAAUUGGGAUGAGAAGAAAAUCAUUGACAGAGAAUCCAGAACAACGGCCAGGAAGAUUAAGGAAACCAUCAACAGUGUAGAACGUAACAAACACAUAAACAGCAUCUCGUAUCAACUUUCUGAGAUUUGGUUACCAGCCCUACAGAAGAAGUAGAUACCUACAUCUAGGUCCGAAAAUGUUAAUUACCGUAAUUAACUGUAAUUAUCAGCUCGUUUCUGAUUGGUUAAUUUUUAUGAAUUUCGAUCCUCUGCAAUUAUAUAAAUACAUACGUAACAUCAUUUUACUUUGCCCGAUGAUAGGAGAAGGAUCUCCCGAAACGUCGCCUACUAAACUAUCAUGUUCAAGAAAUGAUAAACUUUCCACAGUAACAAAUUUCGAUAUUGUUCUACUACUGAUAAUUAUUGGUUCAGUUGGAUACCUUAUUUCAUGCUUGGGCUUUAUUGGAAUGAUACAGAGACGAG